GACCGUGUGCAUCUGCCAAGGCAAUCUGAGUAGCAUGAUAUUAAAGUGUUUUACCGAUUUUACCGGUUGUAUUGGAGUAGCAGCCACGGCUGCGUUGGGAUUGGAACAGCAGCCAUGGCUGCGUACUCCAGCUGUCAUCCAAGCGUCACCCAGUCGUAACAAUGUUUUCGUCCGUUUAAAUACCCCGCCUCGGGAGGAGGAACCACACUCAAAGAAGAAGCACUAGCACAAAAGCAGUUAAAACCCCAGAUCCUUUUAAAAACCGUUGUUAAAAGUGAGAAUUAUUACCGAAAAGUGAUUGAUUUCCCGUAAAGAUUGUUGAAUUAAUUCCAAAUGUGAUUGUGCCAUUAUUUUACGUUGCGCUCGGAGCAAGUUGUUUGACACUGGGGAGUAGAAGACGAGGGCCAACGAUCGAAUCGCGCACGGACGGACACGAUGGAGGAACCGCACACCACUCCGAAGAAGAAACCCAACAACGGUCUGGAACAUCACGAUGCAAUCUUCAAGACGCUGGAGAAUUUUACCGCUCCGACAAGUCCCAAGCUUCCGACGAUCAAGGACUUCUGUAUAGUGAAACCAAUUAGCCGAGGUGCCUUCGGGAAAGUCUUCCUGGGGUAUAAGAAAAAUGACCAGGACAAACUUUUUGCUAUUAAGGUGAUGCGCAAAUCGGAGAUGAUCAACAAGAACAUGGUAUCGCAAGUGAUAACCGAACGGAACGCCCUGGCCCUGUCCCGGAGUCCGUUCUGCGUUAUCCUGUACUACUCGUUGCAGACCAUUUCGUCCGUCUAUCUGGUGAUGGAGUACAUGGUGGGAGGCGAUUUGAAAUCCCUUUUGGCCAUGUAUGGAUUCUUUGAGGAACCGGCCGCUCGGUUCUACGCGGCGGAAAUCUGCCUAGCGCUGCAGUAUCUUCACAAGCACGGAAUCGUCCAUAGAGACAUUAAACCGGACAACAUGCUCAUUUCGGCCACGGGCCAUGUGAAGUUAACCGACUUUGGGCUGAGUCGGAUCGAGAUGAGCCGAGAUCUGGAGAUAUCGGAUCUGAUCAACUGUUCGCCGAGUUUGAAUGCUCGGACGCCGGGACAGUUGCUGUCGCUGACGUCGCACCUAUCGUUCGGAUCCCACGAAAAGCGGCUUCAAGAGCAGCUGGACAAGGACCGAUUACAGCACUCAUCGGAAACGGAACUGGACAAUUCAUUUACACACUCUAAGCAAAACGACAGCAAAAUGUCCGGCAUAAGUCCAUUCUUUUCUGCCGAACAGAACGCCAGCCUGCUGGAAGAGCUGAAAGAAGUCCAAAAGACGGUGGACUGCCGAAUGACGACGGGCGAUAAUUCCUCGUCAUAUUACACGUGCAACUCGAGUACCGAGGGCAAAAGCAGCAGCGAAAGCUACGUCUCGCUGAGCGGAAACGCCGAAUGCCGGAUGAGGAUGGGUGGUCGAAUCUGUGAUAGCAAGGAGGAGGGAAGCGACUGUGACAAAGAAAACCACAUUAACAUUAGAUCGGUAAUGACGGAGAAGUUUAAGGAUUCGUUCAAUUUUCUACUGCUUCCGGGCCCAUACAAGUGUAAGACACACGUGAGCAAUGAUUCGGGCGUUUCUAGCCGGAAAAGUGAUAUGUCCCACAUUCCAGCCGAACUGUCGGCCAUCGAGCGGCCGACGGAUUGUUCCGGCCAUCACAGUAGUGGCGCCAAGGAGUACUCGUGUUCGGAUUUUUCACGCAGUUAUAGUAUGAGCAACAUAAAUGAGUCAUGCAAUUCGAGACACCACUAUGAUUCGCCGAUAAAAAAUGGAAUCAGGUGCUUCAAGAGACCGGAGUACUUCAGGGGUAUAAAACGUAAACGGCACCUAGUGAGCCGAGUAGACUCUCUCAUGUCGGAUCCGGACGGAAGCACCGCCAGUACCGGUCUCACACAGGAAAUCGACGUAAUGGACAUUGGAAGUAGCACUCCGAAAAAGCGAAAGGCAGCGUCACCCAUCAAAGGAGUUCUGAAAGUUCGAUCGCUGUCCGAUGACGAUAUGCCAGUGGGCGAAAAUCUCGGUAACGUAAUGUUCUCCACUCCGGUAUCCUCGCAGAAGAUCCGUCGGGAAGGUGGUCAACUGGCCAAGUUGAAAAACACACGAUUCGCGCUGCCAUCGUCCGUCGAGCAGCUGCGGAAAACGGAAGCUUUCAUCAAAAUCACCGACGAAUCCGUCAUGUCUCCCAUCUGCACGGCCAAUUCAUCCGUUCCCAAUGUGGGCACCACGCCCAAAACCGUCAAGACCCCUUUCAGAACGCCAAAAUCGGUGCGAAGAGCACCGAUCGAAUCCGAUGAGCGAAUCCUUGGCACCCCGGACUAUCUGGCCCCGGAGUUGCUGCUGCAGCACGGUCAUGGCCCACAAGUGGACUGGUGGGCGCUGGGAGUCUGUCUGUACGAGUUCCUGACCGGUGUGCCGCCUUUCAACGACGAAACGCCCCAGAAAGUGUUCGAAAACAUCCUUAGUCGGAAUAUCGAGUGGCCCCAGGACGAAGAAGCGCUGUCAGAGGAAGCGGUCGAGGCCGUGGAAAAACUACUGGAAAUGGAACCCACCAAGAGGCCGCAAGCCGAGCAGAUGAUGGCAUUGCCUUUCUUCGAACCGGUCGAGUGGGACAACAUGGAAGGGACCGCGCCACCGUUCAUUCCCAAUCCGGAUGACCCUCAGGAUACAGGGUACUUUGAGGCACGAAACGUGAUGCAGCAUCUGGUGUUGUCCAAUUUCGACAUGGAUGCCUAUUGAGGGGCGGCCGGUGGAUAUGGGUUGUGUUCCGAGAAGCAGACACUGGGAUGUUUGUGGUGUGCGAAAGUCCGAAAAGGAUAGGAUCCUGAUUAAAAUUACGCGUAACAAUUGUAAGCUGUUAUAUCUUUUAUCUGUAGGAAUUGAAUUUGUGAUAAAUAAACUCGGUAUUCAAGACAAGUUAGCGAAGAA